AUGUCCUUGCAUAUAAACAAUAUUAUAGAUUAUACUUUGCCACCAUUAAUAGAAGGAUCAGAAAAUGAAUCCUAUUCUGUUUUUGGACAAUGCUUAGAUUGUGGAAAAGAAAAAGUCAGUGACGGAUGGUGUAAAGCUGACCAAUGGAUACGUAAUGGACCCAUAAGAGUUGCACUAAAGCGACUUAAUAAUUUGCAAAAUACAUGCGAAGAUUAUUUGAUUCAACUUUAUAAAUAUCAUAAAAGUGAUAAUGAUAACUUUUUUGGAAUAACUAAAGAUUAUAACUCGAAUUAUAUGUUUGUUAUGAAAUAUGACAGUAAAACUUUAUAUUUAUAUCUUGAUGAAAUUCAAGGAAAAAAUAAUUGGAGAGAUAUUGUUGAAAUGCUUUGGGGGAUAUCUGGAAGACUUGAAUACAUUCAUGACAAUGGAUCAAUUCAUGGAAAUAUUCAUGGAGGAAUUAUACUUGUUGGAGAUGAACAAGAUCCACUUAGCAAUAAUUCACUUUUGCGAGGUAAUCCAAUUACGAAGGCCUCCGAUGUUUAUAGCUUUGGAAUUGUUAUGUGGGAACUCUCUGCCGGUGUUCGCCUUUGGUGUAAUAGACCACAUGAUUUUAAAUUAGCUAGUGAAAUUUGUAAUGGCAUUCGACCUGACAUUAUUGAUGGAACCCCAUACGAUUACGUUAAAUUAAUGACACAAUGUUGGCAUUCUGAUAUAUCUAAACGUCCAACUGCAUCUGAAAUAUAUGACUUAUUAGGAAUAUGGAUUACUGCAUGUGACGAGCCGGAUCAGUCCGAAUUAUCUGAUCAGUUUGACCUUGCUGAAAAGAAAACAUUUUCAAAUUUAGAAAUUUAUGGUUUUCAUCUCAAAAGAAUCCAUAAUGAAGCUUUUUAUACAAGCAGGCUCUUGUGUUUCCCUGAAUUGCAUAAAAAUGAUGAACAUUUGUAA